AUGCUCAAGAACUUCUUGUAUUUUACUCUUCUUCUCUUGUUGAACCAGGUUGUAGGAAUGGCAACGUUUCAACCGGUCACCAUAAACAACCUUGUCUUAGCUGGACGUGUUUAUCAGAUGCUAUACGUUGGCGAAUGGCUUAUCUGCAUUCAGGCUUGUUACGAUGAUCCAAGAUGUACUUCGUACAACUACGGCAUAUCAGCAGCAGAUAAUGGACUUUGUGAAUUAAAUGACUGUGGGUUUCAAGAUUGGUGCGAAAGAGAUACCAAAUACCUUAUCUACUUCCCGAAUUUUGUAUUUCAGGAAAUACGAAAGUGCCAGGUAUUUCCCUUGUUCUUUCCUGUUUUAAAAGAUUAAAUUUCUUACCUUAGGGCAAAAUUCUGCUUCACCUCAGUUAUUACUCUAAAAUAUAAAUCUGUUAAUCCUUUAUUUUUACCAAUCAAGAAAGACUGCGCUCAAGACAACGAUUUUGUAAGUUAAAACGUUAACAGUUUUUUUUUUCCGUAUCCGAUUGAACUCGCCCUCCUUGAAGACUUUCUGGCGGAAGUAGGUUGAACUUCCGUGGGAUUUAUGCCCUUCUCAGAUUAUUGGUAGUUUGUAAUUUCCAGAUCCAAAAUUUUUACUUUCCUCUUUCUCGAUGGCUUUAUAUACCGUGAAAGACUUUGUGGUCGUGGACGAAAGUUUGAUUUGGUUGGGUAAUGAUAUUGCUGUUGAAAUUUUGUCAGGAUAGGUAAAUAAUAAUUAAUAUUUACACCAAAGUUAAUAACUCCUGUCGAAUAGGCCAUUGCGUUGACAUUGUAUGAUAAAUUUAAGGAACAUAUUAAAACUUCAAGGACAGUUUGCUGCCCAGUUUCCAGCCACUUCAGUUUAAAACUGCUAUUACUCUCCUUGUACUGUCGCAAUUUGUAAUAAUCAUCGCACUUUGUAAUACCUGUCACAAUUUGUAAUAAAUCUAUCGCACUUCGUAAUACCUGUUCCAAUUUGUAAUAAACCGUGUCGAACUUUGUAAUAAAAAAGCUGUCGCAAUUUGUUAUAACUGUCCAUCGCACUUUGUAAUAAACCAAGCUGUCGCAAUUUGUAAUAACUCCAUCGCACUUUGUAAUAAUUUUUGGAGAGUAAUUAAACUUACUUCGUCAGUAUUAACAUAAUGCCAAAAUACGCAUGGUACUUCGUAAACAAAGAUGAUGACGUCUGCUAGCACGUACGUAACAUCUCCGCUCAUUCAAAUAAUUUAACUUUAUUCAUAUUGCUAAACAUUUUUUUUCAAAUUAAUGUUGAUUAGUUAUCUGGCUUACGAAUUGCUGUAUUCUUAAACCUUGCUAUUGUACUAGGUGGUUUGCAUUCAAUGGUUACCCGGCGGGGUGUACUUCCUUAUAUGGCCAAUACGGGUAUGUGCCUCUGGACAGAGCAUUGUCAGAGCACAGAAUCUAGAGACGCUAGACACAAACGAGCCAUUAUUAAAAAGCAUUUAAUUUCCGCAAAUCGUAACACCCAUCCUACAUCAUUCGAAUAAGGACACCAGAAAAAUUCAAGCUUUUCUUGUUAGAUCUUAUAACAGGUCGACACAACAUGUGGUGCACCGUCCCUGUCUAACGCGCAAUCUUAAAGAAGUUAAUAGUGGCUUCCAUAUUUUGGCCAAUUUAAUCAAACGAGGCCUGGAAAGAUUCAAACUUUUCACUGCAAAUAAACAAAAAACGUCACCAGUGGCAAACCGUCGAACCACAACAGAAACAUAAACACAAAAUCCAAUUAGUCGCUGACCAAUUGCUGGUUUUCAAAUGACGUCACUAAAAUUCAAACUACAAAACCAUCGAUCCUACCGAGAUUUUGCUUUCACGAUAUAUUAGAGCAGCUCGUGUAUUAGAAAAAGUAUUACUUUUUAAUGUUUAUGAGUUCUUCGAAGAAUAAAUUCACACUUUUGUAGCAAAACUCGGUAACAGAUGUUUCUGUCCGCCAUGUUGGUGCUCAUCCGGAUGAGUACCAGCAUGGCGUCUCCAUACAAAUCUCUAUAAAUUUGGGUAAAACGUUUCUUCGAAUAUCUCGUAUACGAAACAUUCCUCUAACCUGAAUCUUGGCGAAGGUCUUUGCAUAUUUACCUCCUUUCAUUUCCCAGAUUAUGGACUUUAUCUAUUGAACGGUUUUGAUUUUUAUUUUGAUCUAUUUUGAACCGCGUGACACUGAAAACCAGCAAUACCUUCGGAUGUAUCUGUUUUUAUAAAACUCACUUGAGGUCUUACACUAGGCCGGCUCGCCAUUUGUCCAUUAUUCUCACUUGACUUGAUCCCAUAUCAAGGAACAAAAGGAGUACUCAUUCCAACUUAAAACAAUUUUUUCUAUAUGGAGUCCUCUAAAGCAAAUACCGUAGGGAUAGCAAAAAAUUCUCCUUCCCUGCGUAUACGUAAGACCUUGCAAUUCUUCCGAGCGUGUUCAGGAUUACUUUUUUUCCAAAAAAUGGAAAGGAUGGAAUAAACCAUCCAUUACUACCUGAGUUACCCUAUCUAAGGACCAAACCAAAGACACAAGUACAACAAGGUAAAAUUUAGAAUGAUACCCUAUUACAGGCUCGAGAUCCUCAAAACCAUACCCAAUCAGGCGGUACUUACCUAUCUAGCCGAUCCAUAUAUGGGAUUAUCCCCCCUAUUAUCUCCGCCCGCCUCGACUAGCACCUGCUAUUUGCGGGCGGAAAUGGACUUAAUGUAAAUGUAGAUUGUUAAUAACAUUAAAGUGUGUUUCACUUGUGUGAUUUGGACGACGGCUGGCAGGUUAUUCAUGAAUUUUCUGUCGUUAAAUGUUGCUUUUGUUAUUUAAAUAUUUUUUUAAUUUAAACAUGAUUCAGAACUUUUUGGUUAUAUGUCAAAGGAAGUUUCAUGUCUUUCUUAAGAGCGAUACUAGUUGGUCACGUGAUUAGUUAGGGCAGAAAAAUUUAUAGCGGAAGACAUGCAUGUUAGACCAAAGAAAAUGUUACGGAGAUGUCACGUGCUAGCAGACUUCAUCAUCUUAUGAACUACCAUGCGUAUUUUGGCAUUAUAUUAAUGUUGAAAGAGUAAGUUGAAUCACUCUCCGAAAAUUAUUACAAAUUGCGACAGCUUAGUUUAUUACAAAGUGCCAUGGACAGUUAUUAACAAAUUGUGACAGCUUUUUUAUUACAAAGUGUGAUACGGUUUAUUACAAAUUGCGACAGGUAUUACAAAGUGUGAUGGAUCUAUUACAAAUUGGGACAGGUAUUACAAAGUGCGAUGAUUAUUACAAAUUGCGACAUUACACUCCUUCCCUAGUCGCAGUAGUUCUAAAGUUUGAUCCCGAGACUGUCUGUUUAGUCUGUAAUAUGAUGACAAAGAUUUAUCAGCCGAGUUGUUUUAACCUUUGAAUACGUCGUGGAAUUAGCAUUUCUUAAGAGCUCCUACGUUUCCUCUUAUCCAACCGCGACCAAUACCACCGUAAUUAAAUGUAACUUUCGGCAGGCAAGCGGCCUAUAGAUUCCUCUUGCUCUUGGAAAGUGUGUCUGGCAUUCGAGUCCGAAUAAAAAUCGAAAAUAGUUCAACAAAACCUUAUAAGUGACUUGAUGGGGAGAACUACGCAAGCGGUUGAUCAAAAGUGGUAAGCUGCGGCUGUGGAGAGAAAAGAUAAGAAAAAACCAGCAUAAACGAUUUAUUUUUGUUUGUUUUUUAUCUGGAAAAUGUUAUUAAAUGUUGAUUUUUAGCUCUGCUAUUGCUUCUACUGAGGCACGCCACUUGGUCCGUCCUGCAGCAUUGUUUCAUUCGCUACUUUUAGCAGCUGCGUUUUUAGUUUAGAGUCAUCAAUACACUUUUGUAACGUCAUUCUACAGUCACAACAGAGAAAUUUUGUAUGCGAAUUUCCCGGUUUAUUAGCCUGCGAGCAGAAAAAUUAAAGUUCAAGAAAAAUUAAUUGGUGUUCAGAGCACGUAAUUUCGUCACUUUAAACAGCGACUAUUAUUGACCUUAUUUAAACAGCUAUAGGUUUCCUGCGCCUCCUUUUUUGCAUUUCAAAGCUUGUGUAAUAUACCUCCUUAACCAAAAAUUUAUAUGCGGACCUUAAAAUUCGAAACUAUAGUUUUUUUUAAUUGGUUGGAUACUGGUACAGGUGGAUACUGGGGAACAUCGACUACAACACUAUCUGGUAUUGCCGUUUUGACCCUAAAAUUCAUACUUUUUUAUUGUUGUUGUUUUUAUUUAUUCAUUCAUUUAAUUAUUCAUUUAUUUAUUUUUAUGCAAGUGUUGACGUGUUUGAUUAAACUGAUUUAAGUAUUAUUUACCAUCCUUGCGAUUGUCCGUUUCAAUCUGGCUUAUGUUGCCCAGGGGGGCAAUGAAUACAAUAAACCUUUUAAUUAUUAUUAUCAUUAAUUCUAUAACAAUAUAUACUCAAGAGAGAAUUCUCUCUUGAUAUACUAGUAUGUAAUGCUGAGACAUACUCAUUUAAAAGCCAUGUCCUAAAUUUUCGUAUGUAAAGGAGUUAAGUUUAGUUUAGGUUUACCUUGUAAUUUUUAAAUUACAAGACAUUUAAAAAAUGCCUGAGUACUGAGACACUUCAAUGCCUACAAAGAUCGCUUUUAGAAGGGUUUCUGUUUGUUCUUAUACAAAGGGCAUUUGUUAAAACUGAGACAAUAUAUAUUUAUUCAAUUUAACUCUAUAAAGCUAGGUUGCUAGGGAUGUACCCAUAAAAUGUCCCUUCCAAUUUUGCUCAAACAAUAUACAUGUGUUAACGAUAUGAUAAUACAGCAUAGGAAAUGAUUAAAAAUACAAAAAAUACAAAUUUAAACGAAGAUAUGAUCGUCGUAAUGGUAACUACAGUAAUUGCAAAUUAACCCGAAAAGACGUCGGGACUUCAACGGGAUUCAAACUCCUGGCCUUUGUGUUAGCACUGCAGUGUUCUAACAACUGAGCUAUGAAUACCCAUACAUUGGGAGCAGGCAAUGACAUUUGCCUAAAUUGCUUAAAUGUGCAAUUACCACUGCGACGAUCAAAUCUUCAUUUUAAAUUUGUAUUUCCGCAGUGCACAUGAUCUUCAUUCUACGUUUCAUUCUUUCACGGGUUAAGAUGAACCAUCAACAAAUUGGACUGCUCCUAAUGUAAGGGUCCUCAUAGCUCAGUUGGUAGAGCACUGCAGCGCUUACUUAGAGGCCAUUUGGCAUACGUUCGAAUCUCGUUAAGUCCUGAAAUUUUGGGGGUUAAUUUGCAAUUGCUUAAAUUGCAAUUACCGCUGCAACAAUCAUAUCUUCAUUUAAAUUUCACUUAAAUGUUGUUACCUCUGCCAAGUUUUGGUGUACUUACUUUGUUUCUUACAGAAGCACGAUAACCCGCAACAUUCCAAGAUGGAAGGUAAAUAGAAACAAGUUCCUAAAGCUUCUUUAGUAAACGCUCUCUUUCAAUCCUCGCCGGGAUACCCUCGACGCUCUGGUUUUUUAUUGGAGCACUCACUAAAUAUAAUCCAUUCAGAUCGCGAGUUCAACUCCUUUCCUCGAAACAAUCAGCUUUAAACCAUGGAUGAAAAACCUGGCUUUAUUUUUUUUCAUCCACGUUUCUAAAUUUAUCUCAAUUAUUUUUUCUGAAACGUAGAAAAUGAAAUUUCAGUUAAAACGGGGCAACAUGAUUUUUAGUUUUUUAGUUGGAAGAUUGCUGCGGGAAAUUAUAAAUCACUAAACAACGAAAACUGUCAGGUUUUCUUUUUAUAUAAUGAAAAAAGACAACAACCAAGAUGGAAAAAAAACAUUCUCCUUUUCAGGGCCCAAUGAUUAUCCCUUGAAUGUUCGACAACUCAACCAGACUACCCAAAGUAUUUUCAUCACUUGGGACGCCGUAGAAGACAAUGAGAAAAAUGGGAAGAUUUUAAGCUACAAAAUUACUUAUACGCUUUUUAACGGGAAAAACUCUCCAAGAACCAUUAACGUUACUGCACCUAUCGUCCACGCCAAUUUAACUCAACUGGUAUCAUACCGAAGGUACAACAUAACAGUUCUUGCGUCCAAUGAACAUGGCGAUGGUCCUGGUAGUGACUCUGUCAUUGUGAGGACUGAUACAAGCAGUAAGUAUGGUUAAAACCUUAUAAUAAUAAUUGUAAUAAUAUUGAUAAUAUAAAAAAGUGGAAAGGUAUCCGAGAAGACGUAGCUCUCGAAAUUACUUAACAAUAAUCCAUGGAGCCACAAGAGUGACAGUAAUAACCAUCGUGAUUGGUCCACUUGAAACCAUCUCGGAGUAUGCAAAUGUAUAGCAUAGAAGGUUGAGUCUGUCUGACAUGUUUGGAAGUGCACAGUUGUCAGCCAGAUAUCCCUGGUACUGCUCACAUCUUGCGGAAAGUGUUGCGUAUCUAAGCUCCGGGAAGCUGUUGAGACAUGGCUGAGAAUACUCAACAAAUACCAGAGAACUGGAGAGGAUCACACAAUAAUAAUUACAUUUAUAAUAAUAAUAAUAAUAAUAAUAAUAAUAAUAAUAACAAUAAUAACUUACUACAAGUAAUCAAAAUAGUCGCUUGUCCCACGAUGUAGAAGUUGUGGUUCAUUUUAUCCUUGGUUUAAAUUUCUAUUUUCUUUUGUUUUUGAGUAUGGUAAUGUAUGAUAAUGGUUUGAAACAAAAGAAAAUAAAAUUUAAAGCAAGGAUAAAAUUGAACCACAACAUAGACAAUUGCGGUGUAGUUAAGACGUAUACUACUAGUCUUUACCAGGUUAUCAGGUCGACUUAUUACGCCUGCGUUACCUUCUAAAGCAAGUUUCGGGGAGUUACUCCCUCGUUAGCCGGCUCUUGUACUCCUCUCCUAUCGUUGUGUUUCUUGGGCUUUCGUAUUUCUGGAGUUUCUAUUCUAUAGUCACCUUUUCAUGUUGUUAGGGCGAAGUCUUAUGACAAUAGACUCUUUAGAGUCUAGAACCCAAAUUCAACUAGUAAAUUUUCUCUAUCGUUAUUCUUAUUCAUACAACCCUUUCCACUGAGGUCACCCUGGAGAUAGAACUCAAUGUUAAACAGCGGUGAAUGUAUACCGUGGGACAUAAAACGGGGCCAAGUUUUAAAGGUUUGAAAAAGGGGCUUUUAACUUGCAUUAUAUCACUCGAUCAAAAUCUGCCGCUAUAAAAUUUCCUGUUUGAAAAAAUAAUUCUCUCUGUGCAUUUGUUUGAUUUUUACUUUACCGCUUUGAAAAUUUAUUUCUUGCAACUUUACGAGACUACAAUAUAUUGAAAGCUUAAUAGCCCUUGAAAAAUAAUAAUAAAAAAGGAAAGAGACACAGGCAAGCACACGGCCUCUGGUGCUUUAGAUACUUUGCGCAUGCGCAAGAGCUGUUACGUCCAGAAGUGGCCGUCAAGGACAGUUCUUUGUCCUAAUUAGGCUAAUUUGUGCUUUCUAUCUGAGAACCCAUAGCUCCUCCAGCAAAUGUUACAGUAUUCAACAAAACUUCAACCUGCAUCCUGGUCAUGUGGAAUAAGGUGCCUUAUGGUAAAAGGAAGGGUCAUAUACGGCAAUACAAAGUGGAGUAUACCGAGGUUGCAAGCAAUUAUGCACAAAUCAGAGAAGUCGGCGACAAAACGCGCCACCUAAUGGUUGUCGACUUAAAAAAGAACGCCCAUUAUACGAUCAAAGUAUCAGCUGCCACAGUAAAGGGAUAUGGACCAGCGAGUCAGCCCUUAUCAGUCUUAACAGAGCAGGACGGUUAGUAUCGAAUGUUAUUAAUAUCAAAAUUUGAAUUACCUUUUACAAUUAUUUUCCCUUUCCACUCUUUGAAAGGGACAAAGUCUUUGUGAAAAUCAAUUCAAUCUUUAUUUCUCAUCACCACACUUAUGCAUUAUCAUCAAUAGACGUAGCCUCCAAAGAUAUAUGUUGUUUCUGAAUUUAUCUUUGGUUUAAUUGUUAUUUUCUUUUGUUUUAAACUCUUUAUCACACAUUACCAUACCCCAAAACAAAAAACAAAAGAUAAUUAAAAUUAAACCAAGCAUAAAAUUGAGCCACAACAUACACAAGUGAGGCAUCCCCAUACUUCCUUCUUCGCCUCCCCAUCCCAGCUCUCACCUCAACCUCUCACUCUGUGAAUACUUGAUCAGAUAACAAAGCCAAACAAAUGUUGUUCAUGUUGUUCAACUGACAGGCAUCACAUCGUUUUAUGUUUAUUUUCAAUUUUUCGCAAUCUAGUACCCAGUGCACCUCCUCAAAUUGUUCGGGCAGUGAACAAAACUUCCACCAGCAUCCUAAUCAGGUGGUGUGAGGUUCCCUUUGGUCAAAAGAAUGGUCAUAUUUUAAGUUACAACGUCACUUACACAAUGGUGAAUCAAAACGUCACAACAACAAAACAGAUUGAAGCUCCAACGCUUCAAGUGAAUCUAACUGGACUGAGAGCAAACACAAACUACAGCAUCACAGUAAUGGCUUCGACUAUCACAGGACAUGGACCAGCUAGUCCAGCUAUUUAUGUUAAUACUCAAAUGGAAGGCUAG